ACAUCCUGGCUUGCAGAGGCCUGUUUCUUUCUCCGGCUUCUUGGUAGGUGGACGCGCGCUUCGGUUUCUUGCUCUUACGGGAAGUUGUAUUUUGCUUCGGCCGCUUGCCUCGCAGUCUCCCUGCUCCUGGACCCGCUGCUGUGGGUCGCACGCCUCCACCGGCAACAGACCGAUGGCCGAGCGUGGGGAACUUGACCUGACCGGCGCCAAACAGAACACCGGAGUGUGGCUGGUCAAGGUUCCUAAAUAUUUGUCACAGCAAUGGGCUAAAGCCCCCGGAAGAGGUGAAGUUGGGAAACUGCGGAUUGCAAAGAAUCAAGGAAGGACUGAGGUGUCGUUUACUUUAAAUGAGGAUCUUGCAAAUAUUCAUGAUAUCGGCGGAAAACCAGCUUCAGUCAGUGCCCCUAGAGAACAUCCUUUUGUCUUGCAAAGUGUUGGAGGACAAACAUUAACAGUAUUUACUGAGAGUUCAUCAGAUAAGCUUUCAUUGGAAGGAAUAGUGGUACAAAGAGCAGAAUGCCGACCAGCUGCAAGUGAAAACUACAUGAGGUUAAAAAGAUUGCAAAUAGAAGAAUCUUCUAAACCUGUAAGGCUGUCACAACAACUGGACAAACUUGUGACAACCAAUUAUAGACCUGUUGCCAAUCAUCAAUAUAAUAUUGAGUAUGAAAGGAAAAAGAAAGAAGAUGGAAAGCGAGCUCGAGCUGAUAAGCAGUAUGUUUUAGACAUGCUAUUUUCGGCUUUUGAGAAACAUCAGUAUUAUAACCUUAAGGACUUGGUGGACAUCACAAAACAGCCUGUGGGCUACCUGAAGGAAAUCUUAAAAGAAAUUGGUAUUCAAAAUGUAAAAGGGAUCCACAAAAACACAUGGGAGCUGAAACCAGAAUACAGACACUAUCAAGGAGAAGAAAAGAAUGAUUAAGAAGAUUCUAAGCCAGCAUGCUAACAGAACUCAAGGGUGAUGUGUUAAGCAUACUGCUUUGAUACUUGAGCACUUGAGCACCAUCUGUUACAGGCGUAAAAUGACUGAUACUAUAAUUUCCCUGGGUAAAUUUUCUAAACAAUGAUUCUUGAAAAGUUACUUGUUUUUUUUUUAAGAGAAAUAACAAAUUUACUUAUAGACUUGUAUUAAGUCAGAUUAUUCAUGAUGGGGAUAAGACAUUAUGUAAUUAAAGCAAAUCAAGGAAAUAACUAUCCACUGAGAUAAAUAUUUUUCUGUAUUAUUUGAUUUUAACAGCAGAACACCAGAAUGCUGAGGUUGAGUGCCACUAUACUAAGAAAAUUUUUAUCCUUGCAUUCUCACUGUAAAAUAAAUCCUGAUUAAGGAAGGUG